GAAGUAUGAAGGAGAUGGUGGGAGGCUGCUGUGUGUGUUCCGACGAGCGCGGCUGGGCGGAGAACCCGCUCGUCUACUGCGAUGGCCACGGCUGCAAUGUGGCCGUGCACCAAGCUUGUUAUGGAAUUGUCCAAGUUCCCACUGGCCCCUGGUUCUGUCGGAAAUGUGAAUCCCAGGAAAGAGCAGCCCGGGUGAGGUGUGAACUGUGUCCCCACAAGGACGGAGCCUUGAAGCGCACGGACAAUGGAGGCUGGGCCCACGUGGUGUGUGCCCUGUACAUCCCCGAGGUGCAGUUUGCCAACGUGCUCACCAUGGAGCCCAUCGUGCUCCAGUACGUUCCCCACGACCGCUUCAACAAGACAUGUUACAUCUGUGAGGAGCAGGGCCGGGAGAGCAAAGCGGCCUCCGGGGCCUGCAUGGCCUGCAACCGCCAUGGCUGCCGCCAGGCCUUCCAUGUCACCUGUGCUCAGAUGGCAGGGCUGCUGUGUGAGGAGGAGGUGCUGGAAGUGGACAACGUCAAAUAUUGUGGCUACUGCAAAUAUCACUUCAGCAAAAUGAAGACCUCUCGCCAUUCCGGGAGCAGCUCCUUCCUCCCGGGCAGGAGGAGCCGCUCGGCGUCCCCAGCCCAGGAAAAACACCUGUCCCACCAUGAACGGCCAAAAAAGAGCCGCAAGGACAAGGAGAGGCCGAAGCAGAAGCACAAGAAGAGGCCAGAAUCCCCCAGCAGCCUCCCCCCAGCACCCCCAGCUGCUGAGAAGGGCUCUGGUGGCCACCACGAGGCCACCAAGGACAGCUCGGAGGUGGCCAGGGCCGAGGCCAAGGGCAGGAAAUCCUCGAGCCACGGCAGCAGCCACAAGGGGAAGAAGACGGGAAGCGGGAAAAGCUCCGGAGGCUUCGGAGCCGCCGCGCCAGGAGGAACCUUCCAGGCAGCGGGCUCCUCCUGCAGCCUUCCCAGCUCCCAGGACUUCGCGCCCUUCCCCAAGCUGGAGCAGGAGGAGGAGAAGUUCCGCAAGGCCGCCAGCUCCAGCUCGUCCUCUCACUGCUCCCCGCUCUACGAGGGCCCCAAGGCCGAUGUCUUUGAGCAGAAAGUGAUUUUCUCCGGCUUCGGCUCCAUCAUGCGCUUCUCCACCUCCUCCGUGGGCCAGCAGCGCGCCCGCGACGCCUCCCCCGUGGACUACAAAGCCACCGGCGGCGCCCUCGGUGGCCCCUCGGGUGGCACGGCUGGCCCGGGGGCCGCCAGCGGCACCAGCCACAAGCGGAUGCCGUCGCUCAGCACCGAGGAGGGAGAGGUGCUCAAGGAGAAGAAGCACAAGGGCAGCAAGAAGAACAAGCACGGCCCCGGCAGGCCCAAGGCGGGGAAAGGAAAGGAGGUUUUGGGGGCUCAGCUGGCUGGAUCCACUUCCACCUCGUCCUCGUCCUUCUCCGGGGGAUCCCUCGUCAGCUCCAGCGUCGGGAAUUCCUCGCGGAGCUUCGGCCACCCCACGAGUCUGCCCAGCCUCAGCAUGGAGUCACCGCUGCUGGGCUCAGGGAUCUACACCAGUAACAAGGACCCGAUCCCGCUGGGCGCCGCUCUCCGCGCUGUCUGCAGCACGCCGCUGCCCUCGGGGCUGCUCCCGCACCAGGGAGGCGCUGCCCUGCCCCAGCUCAGCCGCUCGCCCUUCGCCAGCUCCAUCCCCGCCUGCUCCUCCUCCGCCGGCUCCACCACGCAGGUGUUUUCCCUGGCAGGUUCCACGUUCAGCCUCCCUUCCUCCCACAUUUUUGGGAGCCCCCUGACGUCGGGGCUGUCCCUGAACCCCCUCCUGAGCCAGCCGGAGAGCAGCCGGGCAGAGCCGGACCUGGAGGAUUGCGGCUUCGGCUGCCGGGGAACGUCCCCGCAGGAAAGCCUGUCCUCCAUGUCCCCCAUCAGCAGCCUGCCGACGCUCUUCGACCAGACCGUGUCGUGCAGCAGCAGCGGGCAGCUGGACAAUGUCCCCCAGGCCACCCCCAACAUCGAGCAGCUCCUGGAGAAGCAGGGCAACGGCGAGGCCGGCGUCAACAUUGUGGAGAUGCUGAAGGCGCUGCACUCGCUGCAGAAGGAGAACCAGCGGCUGCAGGAGCAGAUCAUGACACUGACGGCCAAGAAGGAGCGGCUGCAGCUGCUCAAUGUCCAGCUGUCCGUCCCCUUCCCCGUGGUCACCAGCAGCAAUGGGCCGGGCAGCCAGGCCCAGUACAUCCUGCCCACCAACGCCUGCACCGGUGACUCCCUGAGCAUCAGCAAGAGCCCCCCGUGCAAGAACAGCUUCGGCAUCGAGAACUCCCUCUCCACGUCCUCCGAGGACCCUCACUCGGGCUGUCCCAGCAGGAGCAGCUCCUCCCUGUCCUUCCACAGCACGCCCCCGCCCCUGCCCAUGCUGCAGCCCAGUCCCGCCUCGCUGCCCCUACCCGGGGCGCAGCAGGUGAACGGCUUGGCCAGGGUGGCAGGCGGGGGGCUAGCCGGCGGCUCCGGGGCCGGCCACAGCCUCUCCGCGGUGCCCAUGGUGGACAGCCUGCUGGGCAGCCUGGCCGGAGCCCAGCAGAUGCCCCUCAACGGGAUCCUGGGGAGCCUGAACGGAGCGCAGCCCACCCAGCCUCCAUCGCAGGCCAGCGGGCCCCCGGCCCUGCAGCUCUCCACCAGCCUGAGCAGCGUGGCCAGCCUGAGUCCCCUGACGGAGCAGCAGCGGCACGUCCUGCAGCAGCACGAGCAGCAGCUGCAGCAGCUCCAGCAGCUCCUGACUUCCCAGCCGCUUAACCCGGAGCAGCAGGCUCUGGUGUUCCAGAUGAUGCAGCAGAUCCAGCAGAAGCGGGAGCUGCAGCGGCUGCAGAUGUCGGGCUCAUCCCAGCUGGCCAUGAGUGGUCUCCUGGCGGCCACCUCGGCCCCGCUGCACUCCAGCCCCAGCGCUCUGCUGACCUCGGCCGCCCCCAGCAGUGGCUCCUUGCUGGCCUCGCUGUCCCCGCAGCAGCUGAACCCCGGCGGGGCCCUGCUGGCCCCCCAGGCCACCCCCCCUCUGGGCUCGGGCCCGGCCAUGGCUCAGCCCAACCCCUUCCUCAGCCUGCAGCCCGACGGAGGAACCCCCAAAGGAACGCCCCUGGGUGACAAGGGCACUCCCCUGACACAGGACAAGGGCUAA